CAGGAAGCGGUAGUUUUAUGUAAAUAACUUCUGGGUCAACCUUCUGGGCUCCAGCCGGUGCCCUGGCUGUUUGCAGGCAGCAGCCCAGGAUGCUGGGGAGGCUCUUGGGCAGCAGCCCCAGGCUGUGGUGGUGGGGGGCUCGCCUGAGCACCUGGAGCCCCCACACUGCUCCGCUGCUCCUGCGCCCUGCCAGGGCCAUCGGUGACAAAGCCAAGGGUGUGCAGGAUGUGGUGCAGCAGACAGCUAAUCCAGGUUACAAAGCAUUCAUGAAUGAAAGAAGGCCUACAAAUUUUGAUAAAAAGGUCUUAGUAUGGGCAGGACGCUUUAAAAAGGAGGAAGACAUUCCCAAGUACAUAACCUCUGAGGUCCUCGAUGCAGCAAGGAACACUGUGAGGAUAAAGGUUUGCUAUAUCAUGAUCGCACUGACCUUGCUGGGCUGUUUGGCCAUGGUAAUCACAGGCAAAGAAGCUGCCAAAAGGGAUCACACACUGCUGAGGAUGAAUGAACAAAAGAAGGCCAAAUGGAGGGCUGAAGUGGAAAAAGAUCAGGAGGCAGCUGCUGUGAAGCCACAAUGAUCAGGAACAGAUUUACAAUAACAGCAGGAGAUAAGCGACUUGCACACAUGGCAUACAUACCUGUUUUCAUUUUAUGCUUUGGAACUUUUUCCCUGCAACUCCAACAGAGCAAGGACUUUGCUUCUUAAAAACUGCUCUGUACGAACUGUGAAGAUGUUACGGAAACUCCAAGGACUGCUUUCUGUGGUCUCUGGUCUUAGUCACCAUGUUCAGCUAAAAAGCAGAUGUCUCUAAACUGGGAAGAGUGAGAGGGACGGGUGCAGGACUCCUCAUCUCUGGAUCAGCUUCUUGUGGUGCUGUCAUAAGUGAUACAGAGCUGGGGCAAAACAAGUCUGAAAAGUCUUUUUUGAAAUCAGAAAGAGGUCAAAAAUCUCUACCUCUAAGCCUACUGCCAUUGCUGUUCCCUCUCCCUUCCUGUGACAGGGGAAAGGAGGGGCACGAGCACAGAAGGGCUGGAGGGGUGUGAACAGGCCCUCGUGACUGACUUGGGCACAAAGGGGCUUUGUGCCAGAGAAGCUGAUGGUGGUGUGGAGUGGUAGUGUGGGCUCAUGGAGUGGUUUGGUGGUUGUGGGGCAGCUGCCCUCCUGGGAACCCACACCCUGCACAGGGAGCCUAUCUGGAGGCACCAUUCAUCCUGUUGCACUUCACUGGGUCUGCUUUUCCAUCUUCUGCUUCCAGUCAUUGUAUGAAAAGCUCCCUAGCUCUUGCUUAGUUGUGAUUUUAGUCAGGAUUAAUUGUUAAAACAUGGUUUGCUAAAACAGAAUUCUUUUUAAUCACCAUAGUUCAUUAACUUAUAAUAAAACAGCUGUCCAAUUACAUCUAAAACAAACACUUCUCUUUACAGCUUCAUCUAAAGUGUCACCAAGCUCUCUUGGAUGUUGUUUAACAAAUGGGAGAGAUCCUAAUAAAUUAUUGAAAGUUCCAUUUUCAUAAAGUGAUUAAACUUUAACACAGACCUCA